UAUACAGUACAUAUCUUGUAACUAGGGCCGGUGUUUCUGAAAUAAGAAAUAAAACGAAAGCGGAAAAUUCCGUGGUACAGAGCUGGUGCGAUGUUUGUUUGAAUGGAGGACAGGCCGCGUUUCAGAAGCAGCUUGAGAACGCCACUGAAGAGGUUCGAUGCCCUCCUCUUGUCUCGUAAAUGGAGGGAGGGGGUCAUUACCAACCUCUUUCGUCAGUUCCCUGUCACAUAAAGUAUCUACUUACAUAUGUACUGAUCAAUUCUUGUAUGGCACGCCGCAUACGUCCAAUACAACGUCGAUACAUAGGAUUGCAUGCGGCAACAUUUUGGGUCUGGUCUUGAGAACUUGGCCUACGACCCACGGCAAGGUAAGCUUGGUUGAGUGGGAUGAGGGAAAGGGAGAAGGGAAUUUUUCUUGUUUCUUGCCCCGUCGUCCCAGAGAUAACGCAACCCACCAUCUGGACCGAGUUUUGGGUCCGCGUCGUAUCGUAGUCCACAUAUCCUUGCUGAAUCGAUGUUUAGGACCUUGUGUGUUCGACAUAGUGUACCAUAGUAUGUACAGUACGUUACGAACCAGGCUUUUCGUGGCUUUUCUUAAUGUCUCUUUGCUUUGGUCCACCACACCAACAUCUAACUUGUACCUAGCCCAUGGUUCUUAUCCCGGCUCUUCUUAUUGUCUCUUUCUCUUUGUGAACUUCCUUAUCCAAAAAGCUUCCCCUCUCCCCGUUCCCAUUAUCAUGUGUAUUGUACUUAUCUACCCACGCCAUGCCAUCACCAUGAUACCUCGCGACAAACAAUAGUAACUCGCACAUAACCCAAAUCUAAUCUUUGUAUGAGUAGCUGCUCUACAACUCGACUUCAGCGGAACGAAUUUACUCUCUAUUCUGUCUAUGCGCUGCUAUCAGGCAGCUAGCUAGCUCUACGUCGCAUUGCCUCAGCUAUUACACCAUCCCAGCACCUUGCCGCAGCAUAAUUAU